AUGACAAUAAGUUCACUGUAUAGCAUUUCUUCUUCUUCUUCUUCUUCUUCUUCUUCUUCUUCUUCUUCUUCUUCUUCUUCUUUCUUUCUUUCUUUCUUUCUUUCUUCUUCUUCUUCACGUUUGUCUUCUAUCCCUCUUCUUUAUCUCUAUCCUACUUCUCUCUCUCUCUCUCUCUUUUCUCUCCCUUGCCUUCAUCUUUCUGUUCUUUUCUUUCUUUUUCUUUUCCCAUUUCACAUCCUCUUUCUCUUUCUCUUUCUCUAUCUCUUCUUUUCCCUCGAUGUCAUUUUUGUUCUUUUUCUUUCCCGUUUUUUACUCUUUCGUUCUUUCUUCUCUUUUUUAUUUCUUUUGAUCCCUUACUGCGUCUUCUUCUCCUUUUUCCCACCUCUUCUCUCUUUCCUUUCCAUUUGUUGCUCACUUUCACUCACUAGUCCUUCUCUCAUCAUUUUCACUCCUUCUCUAACACUCUUGGAUUCGUUCUCCAUCUUUUCACCAGCAAUACUAUUAUUUUCAUCCUAG